AUGAUCUGGUACUUUCUACUUUCACUCCAUUUUAUCGUAGAAAUUGUCGGUGUUCUCUCCCAUUUCGUGUUUUUAAAGCUUGUUGUAUUUCAAGGUAUCAUGGAUGUAUGGUGCAGAAUUAGUCUUGGAAUGAUAUCGAUUUCGAUGAUUGUAAUGCUCACUUCGUAUUUUCUCGAAACUUUAGUAUGCCUUUCAAUUGGAACUGUUUUCGAAGAUGCUCAAUGUGCUGAAUUACCCAUCAAAACUGUUCUUCUUUGUAUUCAUAGAUAUGCCGAAGCCUUUUCAAUUGCUUCCCAGUUAUUUUUCACAAUUGAAAGGGUCCUUUCAAUUCAAUAUUCUCGAAUACACCGCUCAAUCUACUUCAAAAUCUUUUUUGUCACUGGAAUUGUGUCUGUUAAUGCUUUCGGUCUCUCCUAUAUGGUCACAAAUGUAUUGUUUGGUUGGGAUGGGAUGUUUUGGCUAAUAACAUUCCAGUUGCUCGUCAUUGCUAAUUUUCCACUGAUGUAUUAUGCGAAGAAGAUCAGCAACACAAAAUAUAACGCUGAUGUGACUACAUACUCUCUGAAAAGAAAACAUAACCUCUACAACUCCUACGAGAUAGCUCGAAGUUUUCUAUUUUCGACGGGGAUUUAUAUGGUCGCCCAGUUGACUUGUUUUUUCUUACUGUGGGCAUUUGUAGCUGGAUUGAUAUUCGAUGGAAAUCAUGUAUUGUUUCCCAAACUAUUCUUUAUAAUCUCUUUGAUCUGGCAUGCAAAUCUAACUGCUUUCCCGUGGAUAGUGAUGCUGAUUCACAGAAGUCAAAGGGAGCGAAUCUAUCGGGUUUGGGUUCAAAUGUUCCCCACUACCAAAACAUCAUCGAAAAUCUUGGGAAUGAAUGGAAAAGAGCUGGUAACGACAGCAACACAGCACGAUUAUUUCAGCCAACUUAACAAAUCCUGGAAAUAA